UCGUAAUUAAACGAAAAAAUUCGUAGCAUUGUAGAUACCACAGUCGUAUGUGGUCGUACAAUUUAAAAUAGUAAAAUGUCAAAGUCACAUGACGUACGUGUACGGCAAAGAGUAUAGAUGAUUACGGUAUAUAAUAUAUACACACCUUGAAACAAUAAUUUUAGUUCAAUAAUAGAUAGCUACUUACUGUUUUCUUUUUCGCGCUUGGCAAGUCGGUAUUUUUCUCGUUACGCCGCCAGAGCCCUCUGCAUUCGUUACUUUAUAUUGGCUAUCGCCAUUGUUCCUUUCACAGUGCUUAUACGUUCAUGUGUUUUCUUGGUCUGGCCGUAGAUGUAUCGUAGUCACUAUCGGCGUACGGUGAUCAGUGACCAGUGAUCUCUUUCUUAACGUCUUUUUUAGAAUGUAUCGUAUAUCCAGCGUAAUGCUCUGGAAUAGACACGUAAUAUGACAAUCGCGUCGGGUGCAAAAACUAUCCAUUUAAACUCCUGUUCCUUCUAAAUUGAAGAAACAUGUGCUAUCUACGCGGUGGCUAUUAAUGUGAUUUAUGUGAAAGAAAUAUUGCGUGUGACAUGGCAAAAGACGAAGGAGACGAUCUCUUGCCAGACAAGGAUGCGGCCAAAGGAUUCUACGCGAAGUACGAGCCCAAAGAAAUCCUUGGAAGAGGAAUAUCUUCCACUGUGAGAAGAUGUAUAGAAAAAGAAACUGGCAUAGAGUAUGCAGCUAAAAUCAUAGAUAUUAGUAAUGAAACUAACGAAGAUGGUCAUACCAUGAAGGAUGCUACGUUACAAGAAGUUCAAAUUCUUCGUAGAGUAGCUGGCCAUCCAUAUAUUAUUGAAUUACACGAUGUCUUUGAAUCUAGUACAUUCAUAUUCUUAAUAUUCGAAAUUUGUAAGAACGGCGAGCUAUUUGACUACCUCACGUCUGUUGUCACUCUGUCAGAAAAAAAGACCCGCUAUAUUAUGAGACAAGUUUUUGAAGGUGUUCAACAUGUACAUAAUCAAGGAAUAGUGCAUAGAGAUUUAAAGCCAGAAAAUAUAUUACUCGAUGAUAAUUUAAAUGUAAAGAUAACUGAUUUUGGGUUUGCUAGACUAUUAAAAGCUGGAGAAAAAUUAUAUGAUCUUUGUGGCACUCCUGGAUAUUUAGCACCAGAAGUGCUGAAGUGCAACAUGUUUGAAAACGCGGAAGGCUAUGGACAUGAAGUUGAUAUAUGGGCCUGUGGAGUAAUUAUGUUCACUUUAUUAGUUGGUUGUCCUCCUUUCUGGCAUAGGAAACAAAUGGUCAUGCUUAGAAAUAUUAUGGAAGGAAAAUAUUCAUUUACAUCUCCAGAAUGGGCGGACAUAACAGAAGCUCCGAAAGAUCUGAUCAGAAAAUUAUUAGUUGUUGACCCCAAGAAACGAAUUAGCAUCAAAGAAGCUUUGGAACAUUCAUUUUUCCAUACAAUGCUAUGGGAUCAAGACAUCGCUCCUUUAAAACGUUCACUAUCGACUAAUUCGCGGCGUCUGAGUAGGAUAUCUCAGUUAGCUUUGGAAUUGAAGGCAAAAUCAUUUAAUGCAAGGAAAAAGUUCCAGUUAGCAAUUAUUUGUGUUCGCGCGGUCGUUCGUAUUAAGCGUCUCCAUAGUACACCUGAACCUCUUUCGACUCACGUAGCGUGCACAGACCCUUACAGGAUCAAAAUUUUGCGGAAGGUUAUCGAUGGUUGUGCAUUCAGAGUUUACGGUCAUUGGGUAAAGAAAGGAGAGGGGCAAAAUCGAGCUGCGCUUUUUGAAAAUAUGCCAAAGACAGAACUUAAACAUCUCUAUGUUAGUAAUUUGAGCAGAUAACUAAUGCUUUCAUGAAGCAUUAUCUAGUUAAAAUUGUUACUUCUUAUGUUAGUCGACAUUUACAGUAUCUAAAGAAAAUAUUCAGUAAGAAAAAAUGAAAAAAAAAAAAGAAAAAAAAAACAUAACUUACAUAAAAGUUUUUCUUAAUUUUGGCUGUAAUACAAGUAAUUAUUUAGACGAUUUUUAUCAUAACUAUAAAUUAUUUGUUUACUUUUAUUAUUGAAUGUGCAGUAUCAUAAGGUGAAUUAUUCUAAAUGUUCCAAAGAAGCAAUUGGAUUGUUUAGUUUUUAAAUUCCUUCUAUGAAAAAGAGUUUUAAAUGCUAUUUGUUUCUAAAGCCUAUCAUAUUAAGCCUAAUUUAUUAUUUUUAAAAUAUAAUAACUUACAGUAAAUAUGAAUUAUAUGCAACAUGAAAGGAAAAGCUAAAGAUUAUGAACAAUUUGCUUAGUGAUAUGUUGUAAAUUAUUAGUAUCACACCCUUAGAACUAUGUUUCGUCUAGAAGAAGUAUUACACAGAAAACAGUUUGUGAAACUAUGUUUUGAAUGUUCCGUUUUAAAUCUGUAAUAAUUUUCUUCACAGUAUUUUUCGCUGUUUUCGUAGUACGAUAUAACAUAAAAUAACUUAUAUCGAAAUAUCGAAUAAGUAUAAAUAAAUUCUUACAUGUGCUAGAGAAGGAAAUAGGAUUUAAAGAUGAUUAUUAAAUAUAAAUGAUGGUGCUGAUACGUACAAACGUAACAACACGACAUAUUCUGUUCCAUGACGCCUAUUUUUUAUAGUUUGUACGUUUUUGUUAAGUGUAUUCAACAAUUGUGUAAAUAACACACAUAUAAUUUAUUACAAAUCAGCAAUUCAUACAAAAUUAAAUUUGUAUCAACUUUGAAGUAUAUGCAUAUUCUUCAUAUUUAAAUAUUAAAUAAUAAAUAUUAAAUAUUAAUAUAUAAUUUCAAUAGUAAACAAAAGUUGAGCGUCAUUUAGAAUACUUACAGUUUAACACACAGGAAUUGAAGUCGUAUAAAAAUUAAUCAAGAAUAUACAUAUAAUGAAUGAAGGAUUUAGAAAAAUCGAUAGGAAAAGAAUAUCUAGAAUUAUAAAUUUCUUCCUAUUCGUAGAAAGAAAAUGUGUUCCAUGAUAAAUAUUUACUGAGAUCUGUAUGUAGAUUGUAGUAUGUAAUAUUUUGUUCAAAUUCUAGUCAUACUUUGUAUUGCUGAAUUUGUUUUAGAUUAUAAAUUGCAGGAAGAAAAAAUAUAUAUGAAAUCAAUUUUUCAUGGAAAAUAAAAUUACCAACUUUUUAAUAAUGAAGCAAAUUACAGUGAAUUGAAUUUUAUAUAUCAUUUAGAAGGUUAGAAGUAAUAAUUAAAUGUAUGUAAAUAUCUAAAAUUAUAUAUUACAUAUAUUUUGUGCAAAAUGUAUACAAAGUAAAAUAUUUUUAAUAAUA